GCAGCAUCGAGUAGUCGCUGCUUGACCAGUGUGCACGCGUGGCACGUGACAUAUCGUACUGAAUUAUAGAGUAAUUGAUACGAUUCUCGAUAAGCGAGCCUCAUACCAUCGUGCAAUUUGCAGUUGCUCGCGUAGUGUCUGCGGUGUCUCCUCGCUCUGCCUGGUAUCACUCGGCUUAUAGUUACUCUUUACGCUCCAUUUUCAUAGACGGUUUAAACAAUCGCGAUAUCAAGAUUAGGUUCUAUUCUUGUACGGCGCGACGAAUAUGGCGUGGUUUCGCGGUCUAUUUAAUUUCUUUCUGGACGAUAAUAAGUUAGACGAGAAAAUUGGCAUGACGGAGAAGCAAAAGAGGUUGGUGCAGAACACAUGGGCGAUCGCUCGUAAAGACGAGGUGUCGGCCGGAGUCGCUAUUAUGAUCGCCCUUUUCAAACAAUAUCCCGAGUACCAAAAGCAAUUUAAGCCAUUUAAGGACGUCCCGAUUGACGAGUUGCCGAAAAACAAGAGAUUUCAAGCGCAUUGUGUCAAUAUUAUAUCGGCAAUUAGCAAACUGAUUGAGCAAAUGUGCGAUCCAGAAUUGAUGCAAGCAACCCUGAUUAAUUUAAUCGAAAAGCACAAGAAUCGCGGGCAAACGCAGGAACAAUUUGAAAAUUUAAGACAGCUGUUGGCGAAACUCUUUCCCUCUUUAUUCGGAAAACAGUACACACAGGAGGCGGAAGAGGCGUGGAAAAAGCUAUUAGAUUUGAUGUAUUCGGUCAUUCAUGAGAUUUAUAAUCAAUCGUGAUGGAGUGAUCACGGUUUUGCCUAACGUGAUUUUUACGCAACUUACAUACGACUAAUUACAUAACUAAACACUCGCAUAUAAUUAAUUUUGCGGCAAAGAGAGGAUAAUAUUUGUUGUUUCUUACAAAUAUAUCGAUUUGCGUUUCAAGAAACGAAAAAUGAUCGAUUAACGAAACUAAUAUAAUACGACAUUGUGAUAAAAUUUAUACCGUGUUAUAUGUUUCACAAUAAAUAUGUAAAUUAUC